AGGAGAUCAUUAGUGACUUCCAGACACAACAAUUCAUCCCAUCAUCCUACAAGAGAAGAACAAAGAAGUAACCACUGCAAUCUGCCUGACAUAUGGCAAAGAUGUUUAUUAAAGAGGAGAUUGAAGACAUGAGUGAUCCAGAACCAUCCAGAAUAAAACAUGAAGAUACUGAGGAACAAAAAGACUGGAUGGAGAAAAGAGACAAACUGAACGAAGUAGAGAAGAAAUGUGAUGUGAAAACUCAAGGAACAAAAGCCAAAAAGCUGCACUCCUGCUCACAGUGUGGAAAGAGUUUCAGACAAAAAGGAAACCUUAACACACACAUGAGAAUUCACACUGGAGAGAAACCGUAUCCAUGCACUCAGUGUGGAAAGAGCUUUUCUCAAGUGUCAAGUCUCAAUAAUCAUCUGCUCCGUCACUCUGGAGAAAAACCAUUUCACUGUGAUCAGUGUGGGAAAAAGUUUAAUUCGCCUUCAGAUCUAAAGAAACACCUGAAAGUGCAUUCAGAUGAGAGGCCUUAUGUGUGUUCUCUCUGUGGAAAGAGUUUUUCACGACUGGAAGGUUUUAAACAGCAUCAAAAAAUGCACAAUGAAGUGAGAGAUCAUGUGUGUUGUGACUGUGGGAAGAGCUUUACUACAGCCACUCAACUGAAACGACACCAGCGAAUUCAUACUGGAGAAAAACCUUACAAGUGCUCAGUUUGUGACAAGAGAUUUAAUGUGUCUGGAAACCUGAAAGUGCACGAGCAACUUCAUACUGGAGAGCAGCUUUACCACUGUACUCAGUGUGGAGUGAGUUUCAAAUCUCCCCGAGGUCUCUGUAAUCAUCUGCGCAUUCACUCAGGAGAAAACCCAUUUAAGUGUGAUCAGUGUGGAAAAGAUUUUAGAUCAUCGUCAAAUCUGAAAACAGUUCAUUCAGAUGACAGGCCUCACUUUUGUACUUUCUGUGGAAAGAGUUUUUCAUGGCUGGACAGUUUUAAACUGCACCAGAAAACAGAUAGUGGAAUUAGAGAUCAUGUGUGUUGUGACUGUGGGAAGAGAUUUACUAAAGCUGGACAACUGAAUCGGCACCUACGAAUUCACAAUGAAGAAAAACCUUACAAGUGCUCAUACUGUGACAAGAGAUUCACUCAGGCGGGAAACCUGAAGUCACACGAGCGAGUUCACACUGGAGAGAAGCCGUAUCAGUGUAUUCAGUGCGAGAAGAGCUUCACCCAAUCAACGGCUUUAAGGAUUCAUAUUAAAAAUCAUUGUCAUGUGUCACACUGAGCAAAUGUUAAUGUUAUUUGAGAGUCAGUACAUUAAUUUAUUAUUUUCAGUCAAAUGUGUAGUUAAACUAGCGUUGCUGUGAAAUACCAGAAGAUUUGUGGAGGCGAUACUUUCAGAGCAGCAAGUGUGUAAUCUUUUAUUCUUUGAGCCAACGAAGUCCCAAAAGUGAAAUGAGACUGGAAACGAAUUAAAAAGAAGAAACAAUUUGAGCUUUUAACGUCAGUAUGGAGUUUUUGAAACAUGUUUUUAUUUUGUCAUAGAUAUAGAAGCACACAUGUCUUUUCAAUUAUAGGGUCUGAAAUUAAAUAAAAUGACCAUUUCACUGA